AUGACAGGCGCCACAAAGAAUGAGGGCACAUUCGCUCUUAUCGGCGUAUACGAUAUCAUAAAUCAGACUAUAGGCACUGGAAAUCAUCGCUUCAACAGUUUCCAAUUGAUUGACUUGACGAACAGAAUCCUCGGCAUUACAGACUACACGGGAACUUUGACAGGAUUCCUGUCCAAGAGCUUGUGGAACCAAGAACAGAUCUCCGGCGGUGUGUUCCAGGACUUUGUGAAUGGCCUUGUGGAUCACUGUGGCGUGGCGAUAAUCAAAGGACCAGUCAUGAGAGCUGCCCAAGGCAAUUCUUUUUUCAAUUCCGGUGAGACUUGGCUCUACAGUUUCGACUACGAAGGAGAACACACAAGAUUUGGCUACGGAGAAGACACUUCCGCGUAUCCUUUCGAAGGUGGCGUCACGCAUUCCAAUGACAACAUCUACUUAUUUCCCUGGCCUCCGGAAGUGGCGCAACUGAAUGAGGAAGACACGGAGUUUGCCAAGAAGAUGGUAGAUCUGUGGACAUCCUUUGCCAUUGAUGGAGUUCCCUCCGCCCCAGACGUUCCCUUCUGGCCACCAAUGACUAACGUUUCAGGACCUUAUCUCCACAUCGACAAGGAGUCUCGCGUGGGUCAAGAUUUCUAUGAUGAGUACUCAGUCACAGCUAGAGAGGGAAUCCCCAGCAGAUCUAACAUUGUCUAA